AAUUGUCUUGACAAACCCGUUUGGACGAGUAUUUGACUCUGGCGCUUGGUCCGGUUAAGUACGCCCAACAACCAAAGUCUUGCUGUCUACGAUUCCCAUCUCCAUGAUUGGCCUUUAGAACGCGUGACGCAGUCGCGACCAAUCGACAAAUACUCCGUACCCGCCUCUGCCAUUGCACGUCAAUGAAUCCAUUCGCAUAACGGUAAAGACUCACCUAGCAACAAUGUCAAUGGCAUGACAAGCCAAUUCAGUGGUUAUUUGGUACCAGGUCUGUUGCGCAACGACCGAGUAGCCAAUCACCCGGUCUGGGCAGGAUACAUCGAUCACAAGCUUUGCAUCGCUUGCAAGCCCGGGGCGAGACUACGACGCAAUGCAUCCAAUCGCCACACGUACGCUCAUCGAGCCAUGCCGGCCCGACUUGGUAGCGUACUGUCCGACCAUGGACUUGGUGGCCACGGUUACGAAGAAGGGUGGUCAUGUCGAUGUAUGGAGAUUGAAUGGGCAGAGGGUGUUUGGCGCGACUUUUGAGACUGAGGACGACGGUGACGAUGUGGGUCUGCGCAAUAGUGAGGACAGGGAAGCAGACGAGGCGGAAGGGUUUGUUAGGGCGGUGACGUGGAGACGAGACGGACAAAUUCUCGCAGUUGCAUCUGCAGAUGGCACAGUGUGCUUGAUCAACGCAUUCACGGGUAAAAUUGCGCACCGACUAUCUACCCGUCCUCGGCCGCGGGACCCGACGGCCACAGGCGGUAGCUUCUCUUCCUCGCAGUCACAGUCACAACUGCGAACCAGUUCGAGAUCGACGCAUCCUUCAUCCUCUCCCGAGUCACGAUCAUUGACCCCGACGAUUCUGUCCUGGAGUACUCACUUUGCCUCUCCUUCCUCUACUGCUAUCCGAUCACGUCUUGAUCAGCGCGACUCUCGGGUCACACUAGACCAUAUUCUCGGUCUAAGAGCUGAUGUGGACAAGCUACUGCGGUUGAAGGCUGAUCUGCCGCGGGAGUUGAGCGCGCUGGAUGUCGAAAUGUCUCUACCGAGACUUGCUACAUUGCCGCCGCAAGGGGUAGGCACUGGCGAUGAUAUUUUCAGCUCGAGAUCAAGCGUGGACGCUGUAUUUCAUGUGAGUGGGCCGACAGGGUCUGCGCCUGGCAGUAGCGUGGACGGCGUGGACGCCCUCUUGGUGGGCUUGCAGGGUGAUGACGACGGCCGGUGUGAAGUGCAUUUGCGAGUCUUUGAUUCCUUCGAGAUUGGAGCAGUAGAUGUGGGCGGGUGCUUGCCCAGCGACUUCAAGAAAGCGAAAGUGAUCAGGGUGGAGAGUCAUCCUUUUCUGUCAGCCGUCUUUCUUGUCGUGGAGCAGUCUGCGGGAGAUCGGCCCGACUCGAGCCUGCAUCUCGUUAGCUUGGACUUGAGAUUCAUACCUCAGACUGGGCGAAAUCUGCCUCUUGUCGCCAGGAAGGCGACACAGUUGGGCAACCUGUUGCGGUAUAUAUCACAGGUUCAGAUGCAGUUGGUUGCAGAGGUCAAGGCGGCAUUUGAUUUACCAACGAGGUUUCUCCGGAACAUCAACGAGUCUUUGGCCGAGGGGGACGAGAACUCGGACUUUAUCUAUGCUGCGCACCAUCUUGCCGUCACCGGAUAUUGUGAUGCGAAGUUCAAGGAGUGGUUGGUCGAUGAAGUUGGGGAAAGAGGGCUGAAGAGAUGGGAUAAGGCUGUCGGCGAUUGCCUCGACAUUGUCCGGAGACUGACAAGCGAAUGUCUGAUGCCUGCGCUGGAAAGGUGUCUGGUUGUCCUAUCGAGGCUUGAUGGACUUGCUCGGUUUGGCCCGACAAGCUCGAGAUUGGGACUUGAUGAGAUGAGCCUCAGGAAGUUUAGAGAAACCGUUGAUGCCCUGGGAAUCCUGGCCGAGGAUCUGCUCCUCGAUGUUGGUGUCGAGAUCAAAGAAUUCGCAGCGUUUAUGAAGUGGUUGAAAUGGGAGUGCGAAGUCGAAGCUCUUGAAGAAGGCAGCGAGCGGGCGGAAGAGCUGAGAGAGUCCUGGACCGGAGAAAGCGAGCUGAAGAUGGUGCUGGAAUAUGUGGGCGGCGCGAUGAAGGAGAGCAGGACGAAGAAAUACAUCGGAUCAGAUGGGCAGGAGCAGUCGGCAAGUGGUUUGCUUGAAGAAGAUACAGAUGCUGGGUUCUAUGCCGACUACGUCAAAAGAAGAGCAGUCAGCAGCAAAGACAAGAAGAAUCCUACACUGGCGCAAUUGGUCGAGCGAAUGCAGAAGCAAGCUGAGGCAGUGUUUGGACAGGUUGCAGACACGUUCAGAAAGAACAUUCUUCCGAGCUACAUGCUGGAGUUGCCGGCACAAACCGACGGACAAAAUAUCGACCUCAGGAUCGCGCCGGACGAAGUGGACGACAAUUUGUACCGCCUUUUUGUCACGUCAAAAGACCAGCAAGAGAAGAGCCAUGUUCGGCAGGUGCUCGUGACGUUGCGGCAAGAAGGCGGCAAAGGUCUGAAGUUCGCCACAAUAUCUAAUCCGGUGACCAAGAUCCCCGACGUGAAGGAGAUCCUGGACGUCAAGGUUGUCGAUGACACCACGUCUAUCGUCCUUGCUGCUACAGCCACUGAUAUCAGGUUGUUCAGACGGGACAUCAGGAGUGAUGGAGCAUAUGGAUGGGAGCUUCGGCAUGUCUUUGAAGCCGGAAGGAUGGACGCGGGCAUGCGGCCGGCCAGGCUCGAAGUCAAUGGCAGAAUCGGACGAAGGGUGGUUGCUGUGAUCGACGAAGCUGGCCUGGGAUAUGUCGUGCUCGAUCUCGACGCUGCUGUUGAUGCCGGAGACGGACGAGACGGUGAUACAGGCGACGAGGUCAUGACUGGAUGAGCGCAAGACUCGAAAAACCCACACUGGCCCAUCGAUGUGGUCUGGCCCAGGACGUGGCACAUAUACUGUAUGCUGACAACCACUAUGCGCAUGUGUUAAUGCCGACGAAGGCAUGUCGUGAAAUAUGGCGAUGGCCCAUUUGGUCAGAGAAUCAGGACUGGUUUAUUUGAGCUUACACAAACGGUCAAGAGUGAGGCUUUGACAAUUGAAGAUGAGGCACACCAAGAGGCCCGAGCAGCGAUUGGCUCUAGCUGACAGGAUAAGCGAGACGCCUCCGGCCGAGCCGACUAGGGCCUCUAGUCGGCUAGUGAGGCUCACUCACUUAGGUCUGGGGGUCAAUGUGCCAUCGAGGAGGAAAAGACAGCAUAGAACAGAAAGAGUUGCAUGACUCUGAAGGCGACUUGACAGGCUGGUGCAGGCAGACAGAAGCCUCGCACAAAGCCUGGUGCCUAGAGAGCCCGUCUUGGGGACUCCUCAUGCCGCUUAAACAGAAGUGAAUGACCUAAUGACUUAACCGUGAGAUA